AUGCCAGUACGUAGGAAUACCAGCAUACUGCAUUACACUGGCUCCCUGCGCUGGAAAUACAACUGCGAACCGCAGGCUGUUGCACGGCAUGGACGCUCGCCUUCUUGCCUGCGUCUCCUUCCCCGUUGUUUCUACUACGGUCUCCUUGCGAGUGCCUCUUUCAAGCGAAUGAGUGAUUUCUUUCUCUUGCCGUGUGCAAUUGCUCCCCCUUCCUUUCCUACCCUCGCUGGCCUCUCUUACACACACUAUGCCUUUCACACGCGGUCUGCGCCCCCCCAGUGCCCCCCUCCUUUCCUUCUCUUUUGCAGUGUCUUCACAUGCAAUCUCCCUCUGAAUGUGCAAUGUCUUUCCUGCUCGGGAGUGCUGCGUCCUUCACAGUGGAUUGGUUCCUCUUUCGGAGCAGAGUGUGGCCAGCAGACCAGGGAAGUGAUUGUCCCCCCGUGGGUGUCACCAGUGAGGCCAGACCUCAGGUACUGCAUCCAGUUCUGGGAUCUUCAGUACAAGAAAGAGCUUGAGGGGCUGGAGCAGUUCUGGAGAGGGGCAAUGGAGCUGGGGAAGGGGCUGGAGGCCAGCAGCAGGACAAGAGGACACACACUCGAGCUGUGCCAGAAGGGAGGCUGGACAUCAGAAAGGGUUGUUAAACACUGGAAUGGACUGCCCAGGAACCUGGUGGAGCCACCCUACAUGGAGGUGUUCAAGAAAUAGCUGGGUGUGACAUUUAGAGCCAUUCUCUAGCUGAAAAGGAGAUGAUCAGUCAAAGGCUGGACUUGAUGAUCUCAGAGGUCUUUUCCAACCUAAAUGAUUCUGUGAUUAUGUUCAAUUACUUAUUCUUAGCUUCAAAAAUGAUUUUGAAACUUUGCAUUCUAAACCCAUAAAAAAAAGCCUUAUUGAAACAUUAUUUCCUCUCUUCUCUUUCCCUGUUGAAACUAAUACCUUCACUAAAAAUUAUUGUUCUAGUCUCUUCAGAUAUAUGCAUUAACAUCUUCAGAAUUCUGCAGUGAAGGUUAUCUGGACUACUGGCUUAUGCUAUUUUGUAGUCUUUGAAUUAAUUUUAUUUCAGAUGUGGAAAUUUUUGUUCUAUGACUUUCCUUGCAUUGAUCACUUUGCUCAUUUCAACAUCACAAUCCUUAUUGGGACCUGAAACCAUGUACACAACUUAUUUGGGUAUCUCUAAGUAAAUAAUUAUAAUUUUACUUAUCUUUGUGUUUUUUGCACAUUCUGCGGAAGUGGAGCCAUGCUUUCUUAGCAAUUUUUGAA